UGACGGUAACACCCGUCCCCAUAGAUACAGGCUCCUGCAACAGGGCUGCCCGAGCACCGGUAGACCUCUGUCUGGAGCAAUGACAGCUUCAGCAUGAAGCAGGCCGUGUUUACGCUUUCAAUAUUCCUCGAAGACGUACUCCCGGAUGGUUGCCAAUCAGAUUUGUUACUACUGGAUUAACGACCAUCCACCGCCAGCUACAGCUUUACCCCGAGAGGCCGGAGAUUUGUAUCGCGGGACAGGGAGGAGUCUCCCGUUAUUCCACAGUUAGCUGGAGGAGCCAGGCCCAGCAUGACGGCGCUUUAACAUUACACCUGUCUGAAAAGCUGAGGCUGUGAACGGGACGCAAAUGUGCUCUUAGAAGAUGGAUGUGAGUGCUGGCAGGGACAGCACCUGGAGGAGAACAGCAGCAGCUGAUGAUGAUGAUGAGGACGAUGGAGAAGGAGGAGCAGGAGGAGACAUGGAGGCUCAGGUUGUACCACUGGAGCUCUACGACUGCGCUAGGGCCAAAAUAGAAGCAAAUCUCUGCUGGUUGUUUGCCAAAGCCUAUGGCAUAGAUCACAUCCCUUCGGAUCUUCGCGACCCAUUCUAUACAGACCAGUAUGAGCAGGAGCACAUCAAGCCCCCGAUCAUUUACCUGCUGCUAUCUGGAGAGCUCUACAGCCGGGUGUGUGGGCUCAUCCUUCCCGCUGAAGAGGCCGCCUCCCUCCAAAACCACCAAUCUGUCAUCCAAGCCCUCUCCAGAAAAGGGAUCUAUGUCCUGGAGACCAACAACACACCAGUGUCUGAUCUGGAUCUCAGCUCGUCUCCCAUCAAAAUGAGUGCCCACAUCCACCUCAUCGAUGCUCUGAUGAUGGCCUACACAGCAGAAAUGAUCAGCAUAGAGAAGGUGGUGUCCUGUGUCAAACGCUUUUCAAACAUCAGUGCCUCCAAGGAACUUCCUUUUGACCUGGAAGAUGCUAUGAUCCUUUGGAUUAACAAGAUUAACAUAAAGAUGAGGGAACUGACAGAAAAAGAGUGUAAAAUGAAGCAGCACUUUCUGGAUUCACCCGGACACCACAAGUCUCCCUCCAAAUGGUACUGGAAGCUUGUACCUGUGCGGUACCGCAGAGAUCAUCUCUCAGGUCGCACUCUUCAGCACUUCCCUUUGCUAGAAGACAUAUUGAAGGAUGUGAGCGACGGCGCAGCCCUGCUUGCUUUGAUCCACUUCUAUUGCCCGGAUCUUAUUAGACUUGAAGAUAUCUGCCUGAAGGAGGUUCCCUCCAUAGCAGACAGCGUGUACAACAUCCAGCUGCUGAAAGAGUUUGCUAAUGAGUAUCUGAACAAGUGCUUCUAUCUGAACCCGGAGGAUCUGCUCUACUCUCCACCUGUAUUGAAGAAUAAUGUUAUGACGUUCAUUGCUGAGCUUUUCUGGUGGUUUGAGAGCGUGAAGCCAGACUUUGUACAUCCCAGAGACCUUCAGGAAAUCAAACAUGUGAGAGUGCUGCUGCAGCCCAAAAAUUCUCGUUCCUAUGUACCGAUUUCAAAUGUCACCAAACAAAGCUUCCUGCCCUCAUCAAACUCAGCGGACAUCUUGAUCACAACCCCGAGCAAUGACCCAAGCGCUAAAUCAACCUCUAGCCCAUCUUUCUCCUUACUGUCUCUGAGACAGAGACAACACAGCGUGGUUGAGAAGGGCACUUCAGAUUUGAGAGAUAGGUCAAACUCUACGACGCGAACAGAUGGACAACGUCAGGACUCAAUAUUGGCCCGGCCAGAAAGAAGGGCAAGACCUUUAUCUCAGCCAGUGCCGUAUGCUGUACAUUUUGCCAAGGAGGAUGAUGCAGACAGCAUCAGCCUCGCUCGCUCCAUCAGCAAGGACAGCUUAGCCUCUAACAUAAUGAGCAUUACCCCGAAACACAUACUGGGUUCCAGUCUGCCUCAGCACAGACUCAGUGGCCAAAGCCUGCUCACUCACAUGCGCAUCGAAGAUGAAGAGGAGGAAAUUGAGGAGGAGGAACUGGUUGCUGUUAUUCAUCCAUUUAGUCUUUCUCGACAUCGAAUCAUGAGCGACAUGGAGCAGGACGAGCUGGAAACGCAGAGUGCAACGGCGUCCAUCAGGGUUUCCGAUGCCUCUCGUGUUUCCCAUCAUGACGUGAGCCCCUUUGGUCACGACCACCAUGCAGACAGCUACUAUCUGGAGCCUUUGAUACCAACUGUCCCUAAGCCCGCCAAAGAGAAGGGUAUAUCUGAGAACAAGCAUGAGGAAAGCGGGGAGAGUUGCAGCAGGGCAGCAGUAACUGUAAAAAAAAAAAACACCAAUAUCCCAAACUCCUCAAAAAGGAAGUUCCCUGUGGUUGAUUCAGUACUCAGUUCUCCCAGACCCCCCACAGAGGGGUCAGUUGGCAGCUCCCAGUCUCCAGGCUUUUUUCUUCACUGGUUUGCUGAACCAGCAAAGCACAGUCCAUUCCCCAUUGUGAUGGAAGCAGGGCAUGACUCCGACUCUGACAUUGCAGACCUCGAGGAAGACGAUGAGGAAGACGAUCAGACAGAGCUGGAGAAGACACUGAAGGGGAAUCGUUUAGACGAGGGCUACAUGGCUGAAUUUGGAGACGGAGAAGUUGAGUCAGCCAAGCUUAGAGAAGACUUGAAGGUAAGCGAGCGUGAGGAUAAGGAAGAUGCAAGCGGACGUUCAAGUCCUUGUCCCAGCACUGUGUCGUGGGCGAGCAGCUGCAGCGCUUCGGGUAGCGCAGGGAUCAAGAUGACCAGCUUUGCAGAGAGAAAGCUGCUUAAACUUGGCCUUCGGGACGGAUACUCAAGUACAAGCAGUUCCCAAAAGACUACGCCGGAUGGAUCUGAGAUUCCUCCUCCUUGGCAGGCGAAGGAGCCUAGCACUAUGUUGGGGAAGAAUAUAAUGGUUAGUCCAGUUGUGCCUGCAGAGCUGCUUCAGCUUCACAUGCAGCUAGAAGAGCAAAGACGUGCAAUAGAAUAUCAGAAGAAGAAGAUGGAAGCCCUGUCAGCUAAGCAGAGACUAAAGCUUGGGAAAGCUGCAUUUUUGAAUGUUGUUAAGAAAGGUGCAGGGAGGAGUGACACACUUCCUUUACCUCUGAAACACUCCCAGGAAUCUUCUGUAUCAACGGCUGCAGAGAAGAGGAAAGCAAAGACCCAGCCUUGUAAAGACGAUUCAUGUCUUGAUGCUCUGAAGAGUCAAACAGACAGACGGAUGAUAAAUAGAGACAACAGCUGGAACUCCCUUUCACAGAGUAACAGCUCUGAACCAGAUUUCAAUGAAUGCUCUCGCUCCAUCGAUCUGCUCAAUCAAGCUAUAAGCUCUAUCCAGCAACAGAUGAUGCAGCUUUCCUUGCAGCAAGAUCUUCUGAUGAAGCAAGGUGUGGUUUCACCAUCAGAGAAUGCACAAACUAACAAAAGCACAGACUCCGGGAUAGACCCCAAAACACCCCAAACAGUAUCCUCUACCUCAGAGUCCAGAUCCUUUGCCGUUCAGUUUGUAGAUAUCGGUGGCAGCAAUUCAAUGCCUUCUCGCCGUCCCCCCAAACUUAGCUCCAGCCAUCGCAGCAAAGUGGCAGAGGGCAAACAAAAUAAAGAAAAUAACAGGUCACCUUUAAAUAAGUCCACCAACCCAUUCGCAGACAGUGCUACUUCUGCAAGAGAAUGGAAUGAUGGAGAAUUGGAGAUAGCCAAUGCUACUGGAGUUCAGCGGGUUCAGAGGAAUGCUACCUUCAAAGUCCAUGAAAGCACAGGAGAAGGAAAUGUGCACUUAUCAGGCAAACUAAAUUCACAGGACCCACCAGUUACCUCCAAGACAUCUGAAUCUACAUCACAGGAUCCCGAACAAGAGGAGGAACAAGCUGCCAACUACAGCAAACAAAAUGCUGGCGUCGAUGAGAGUGCCAAAAUCAGGAGUCAGCUGAUCGAGGUCGACCUGUCAGAGAUUAAGGAUCCAGUGGAGGAUGGCAGUGAAGAUAUCGCAGACAGCACAGCAGAAGCUGACCAGAAAGGAGUACUAGGCUUUUUCUUUAAGGAUGAUGAGAAGGCAGAGGAUGAAAUGGCAAAACGCCGCGCUGCCUUCCUCCUCAAACAGCAGCGCAAAGCUGAGGAGGCGAGACUCCGGAAACAGCAGCAAGAAGUGGAGAGCGAGAUCAAACGUGACGAGGCUCGGCGUAAAGCAGAGGAGGAGCGUAUUCGUAAGGAGGAGGAGAAGGCCCGUCGAGAGCUUAUUAAACAGGAGUAUCUGCAAAGAAAACAGGAAGCCAUUAUGGAAGAACAGGGUCUGGUAAAGCCCCGCACCACAAAAGCCCGCCGGAACAGACCCAAAUCCAUGCACCGGGGAGAUUCCAGCAGCCUUUCAAAAGGAUCCACCACACGUGAUUCUCUGAAGGUGUCUAUGUUAAUCAAAAACCAGAGUUCAGGAGCACUCAGCAGGGGAGCUGAUCUGAGUUUUAGUCAUCGAGGAUCAACACUGUCCCUGGCGACUGAUGCAGACAGCGUUAUCUCUGGUGGGGCAGAAUCAAAGAGGGCCGCGUCUGUGUGCUCUGUGGAUUCGUUCCCAAUGCUGAGCAGGGCUUCCAGCAGGAACAUGGAGCGGGACUGGGAGAAUGGAUCCAUAGCCUCUUCCAUCACUUCAAUAGAGUACAGUGGUCCUAAACUCUUCAAGGAGCCAAGCUCAAAAUCCAACAAGCCAAUCAUCAUCAAUGCCAUCGCCCAUUGCUGCCUGGCUGGGAAAGUUAAUGAGGUUCAGAAGAAUGUUAUCCUUGAGGAGUUGGAAAAGUGUGAAUCCAACCACCUGUUCAUCCUCUUUCGCGAUGGCGGGUGUCAGUUCCGCGCCAUUUACACAUACUCACCAGACACCGAGGUGAUCGUCAAGUACACGGGCACGGGGCCGCGCACCAUUACCCGAAAGAUGAUUGACAAGCUGUACAAAUACAACUCAGACCGCAAGCAGUUCACCGUGAUCCCUGCCAAGACCGUGUCCGUUAGUGUGGACGCUCUGACCAUUCACAAUCACCUGUGGCAGAUCAGGAGACCAGGGAGCGCUCGGAGAAAAUGAGAAGGACUUACACAUUUUCUGUUUGUGUUUAAUAAGCUACAGUUGGGCAGGACCCACAAAUGUUGGAGAAAACUGAUGGGGUUAGAGAGGAAGUUAGAUAGUCUGUGGCAGUGUGAGUAUAAAACACCUACCAACUCACUGUACUCUGUCUGUUCAUUUUAUCACCCUUUUAUUAUGCAUGCCACACUUUGGUAUUUUAAUUUGAUUAUAACCUGUUGCCACCAAGUCUUAUCCUGCUGAAUCUCCUUCCAGAAGCAAACAUGCUUCUGACCCAAAAUGCAGCUUGAGGCAGGCUGUGAUGAACCAAGUCAAGUUUUUUUUCAGCUUUGCAUAAAAAAAAGCAAAAAAACCCAUCUACUGAGAUUCCUCCAGACGGCGCAUACAGAGACUGCAUCUGCUACUGGUACCUGCUUUUAUAAAGAAGGAGCUGAAGAUACUUUGAGGGUAUGUAUGGAAUAAAUGUUAGCAGUAUUCAUCUAGUUCAGUGUGUUAGCAGAUGUGAAUGGUUGUGUGGAUUAGGGAUCAAGCAUUGCUCUGAUGCUUAUGCUUUAAAUCUUAAUUAUUAAUUUAUUUUGUUUAAUUUUUGUAUUCAAUUUUGGACCUGUUUGCUAUUGUUACAAGAGAGAGCAGGACCAGGAACAGUGGUCUCACAGUAAGGGAAAUAUUCUAUUCAUCCUACACAUAGUGUUCUUUGGACUACAUUACAUUAUACCAUCUGUGUGUGAUAAUUCAUUAACUGAUUAAAUCCAUUCAUCAAAAACAACUAAGUUAUAUAACCAAGCUGUUUGCUGCUCAUAUUUUGUCUGGUCAGAUGUAAAUGUUUGAUGCAGCCCCUGUGACACAGCUAUUUUCUGCUAACGGCCAAUUGUCAGUGUUGGUAUAAUGUUUGGAAAACUGCACUAUACUUGAUAUAUUUGUUUGCUGAAUUUUGUACAUUUUUGAACAGUAUUUUCUGUACAUUACGUAAAAGUUCUGUUUACUAAAAAAAGGAGGCAGUAUUUUAAAGUUUAUGUUACAAGAUGUUAUGUCUGAUUUCAGUUAUAUAUUUUAUGUUUGUUUAUUUUGAAGAGAUAUAAUAAAAUACAACGAGGGACAUUUUUCUUGCUAAAGUUGGA